AUCCUAUUCCUGUAUUUGCUUGUGUUCAAUAGAUUGAGCAUGUCAUGUGACACGACUAAUAAAGAUGAAUGUAAACAGUUCGGAGAAAAAUCUGUAAAAUUAGCACACUAUUGCGACAAGGCAAACUAAAGAGCUCAACUCUGUACUUGUAACCUACACUUAAUUGAUCAAAAUCUCCAGAAAACCUAUACUACAUGGCUAACUCAACUUCCCAAGUUAAAUUACAGCCUUGUAAGUGAAAACUCAAAAUUACCCCAAUUCCCGAACCCUAUGACAGAGAACUACUCGGGGGCAAUUUCGUCAACGCAGAAUUUUCAAUAGCUUAGUCUAAUCCAUUAUUUCCCUCUGAAACCCAUUUCAAAAUUCAAACCCUUACAAAAAUGGAGCCUUUAGCUCUCAAGCUCGAGAUGCUCAAAGGCCCCCGUGAGGGAGAGACCCUAGAGUACCGACCCGGAUCCAAGGUCCGAAUCGGCCGGGUCGUCCGCGGCAACAACCUCCCCAUCAAAGACUCCGGCAUUUCCACCAACCACCUCAUCAUCGACUCCUCCGAAUCGGGUCAAUGGAUGAUCCGAGACCUCGACUCCUCCAACGGAACCAUCGUAAACGGCACCAAGCUCAAGCCGGACACGCCGUUGGAGCUGAGCGACGGCGACGAGAUCAAGAUCGGGGAGUACACGUCGAUCUCCGUCAAGAUCGACGGCCACGAAGGGAGCAGGUUGAGAAGGAAUCCCAGGCGCGGCGCGGCGGGGAAGGUGGGGACGGUUGCGGAGAGUCGGGGCCGGAGAGGGAGGGUUAAGAAGGAGAGUGAGGUCGAAGUGAAAUUGGAGGUGGAGAUUGAGAAUGAUGAGGAAAUUGGUGUAGCAGCACCAGUUGCUGAGAAUCGGGGCCGGAGAGGUAGGGUUGCGAAGAAGAAUGAAGCGAAUUCUGAAUUGGAGAAAGAGGGAGAGGAAGUUGAGGUGGUCGAGAAGCCAAAGAGGGGCCGGGGCCGGCCGAGGAAAGCUAGGGUUUUGAAGAGUGAGGAUUUGGUGGAGGAGGUUGCUGUGCCGGAAGUGAGUUCGAGAGCAACUCAAAGGUGUAAGGAUGUGGAAGCUGUGGUUCCGGAUUCGGAGAAUUGCAGUGUAGAGUGUGAACAAGUGAAGAUUGAACCUAAGAGGCGUGGUGGGGGUAGGAAGAGGAAGAAUGUGCAAGAAGUGCCGCGGGUGUGUGAGGAAGGUAAUGUUGCGGCGGAGAAAGAUUUGGGAGAAAUUGGUCCAGUUGGUGUUAAUGGCGAUAACGAUGAUAAAGGGGAUGUUCCGGAGCAGAAGGAUUCGGGGGGAAUAGGUCCAGUUGAUCUCAAGGAGAAUGGCGUGUAUGAUGAUGAUGCUAAAGGGUUGAAUUUGGGGGAUGAAGAGGCAGCAGUCAGUUUUGAUGUGGGAGAGAGUGGCAAUGAUAAUGAGAAGGCAAAAGGGUCCAAUUUGGGCCAUGAAGAGGCAGCCAUAAACUGUAAUGUUGAAGAGAGUGGUGAAAAGGUUGGAAGUGGUAGUUGGAGCUGUUUUGGUGUUAGUGGUGCUAAGGAUGUUGAUAAAAAGGGGACUGACUCUGGUGUUAAAGAAGGUUUGAGAAAAGUUUGGCAAGAGCCAGAUUUGGAGAAGAUGACUUUGGACGAUUGGUUUGAUUAUGUGGAAGUUUCUUUACCGAAAGCGGUUAAUGAUGAGAUUGACAAGAUUUGUUCAGGAAUGAGAGAGAAGGCUAAGCUAGUACAGGAGUAUAUAGCACAACACAAGAAGGAGAAGGGUCAAAGUUAACAGAAGGAGUGCCUUGUGUUAUGUGGUAGGAUGUUGGUGCAUGUCUCAGAAGGAAAUCUUCACUUGAUUUUGAACAAGUCACAGUACAUGGCGAAUUUCACCAGAGGAACACUUCAAAGCAUUGGGAGGCUGGCUUACCUCCCUUAACUGGCUCGCAUCUCUAGUUUAUUUCUUACAGAAAUAGGUUUAAGUUGCAGAAAUUUUUAGUAAAGCCUUUGUAUAUUAUUACUGAUUAGAUAAUGAUAACCUCUUCUCUAGUGCAUACAUAUGUAUUUGCCUGUCUCAUCUGACCCAGUUUAACUUUUAUACAUCUCGCCAUGAAUUUGCCAACACUUCGCAUCUAGGCCAGUUACAAGUUUAGAUUACAGCAUAGUUUUACUGAUGGUCAGUUUGGGUUAAGUGGAUUGAAAUUAGACGACCUAUGCAAUUACUUUGUUUUUCCAAACCAAAUCC